AUUUUUGAGAAAGUAUCUUGUGAGAUGAUUUUGGAGAGACUUCUUUUUUAAUGGACGAUACUAAAUUCUAAAUUCUGUUAAUGACCCAUUGAGCUCAUUGAGUAGCCACUGGUCCAGUGUCCACUGGACCACAAAUUAUUGAGAACUACUACCCAAAUGGUUUACUAUAAAAUAGAAAAGAGAGAGGGAAAGAGAACGCAAAGCUUACACAGCGUGUAGAGAAAGAGCCUCCUACUACACGGUGUGUAGAGAAAGAACUGAGACUGAGAAUAUUGGCCAUGGAAACCACGUCGUUUACACGCAACAGAUACUGGGUCCUGAGGCAUGGCAAGAGCAUUCCAAAUGAGAGAGGCCUUAUUGUCUCCUCCUUGGAAAAUGGUACGCUUGCUAAAUAUCAAUUGGCGCCUGAAGGUGUUAAGCAAGCAGAGUUGGCUGGAGAGUUAUUUCAAAAGGUGCUGAAGGAAAAUAACAUACCACUUGAAAAUGUCCGCAUUUGUUACUCUCCAUUUUCGAGAACAACUCACACGGCUAAAAUUGUUGCAUCUGUGUUGAAUCUUCCAUUUGAAGGUCCUCAAUGUAAGGUGAUGGAAGAUCUUCGAGAACGCUUCUUUGGUCCUUCAUUUGAACUUAUGUCACAUGAUAAAUAUGCAGAGAUAUGGGCUUUAGAUGAGAAAGAUCCAUUCAUGAGGCCAGAAGGUGGAGAAUGUGUUGAUGAUGUUGCUUCUAGGCUUGCAAAUGCUUUGGCAACUAUAGAGUCAGAAUUUCAAGGAUGUGCAGUCUUGAUUGUUAGCCAUGGGGAUCCCCUCCAAAUCCUGCAGACAAUACUCAAUGCAGUUAAGCAGCAAACAGUAUCCAGUAGUAAUGACUUGGCGUCAAGAAUACAAGCAGUUAGAGUGCCUUCCAUCUUGUCACAGCACCGGAAACAUGCGCUCCUCACUGCAGAGCUCCGUGUGGUUAUAUAAACUUAAGUUGUAGCCUUAGAGCCAAUGCCAAGGACCUUGACUGAAUUUAAACGAUGUUAUUGUUAGAAUCAAAUUUCUGGGAAUAAUUUGAAUGUAUUUUUGCAGCAGGAUGAUGACAAUAUUAAUGCUAUAAGAUUACUAAUUAUCAAGUAAGAGUUAGUCCGAUUCAUCA